AUGAAGGAUGGAAAAGACAGACGAAAGAACAAAGAUGGUAAUUCUAAAGGUUGUUGGACUUGUGGUGGUCCUCAUUUAGCCAAGUCUUGUCCGAACCAACAAAAUGUAAAUGCUUUGCCUGAUGGAAAUAUGAAUCAAAAGGAGGAGGAUGAGCAAAUCGUGGCUGCAAUGGCAAACCCAUUGGGAUUGUCCUUCAACCAUAUUACAGGGAUUAAUAAUAUUGGAGAAAUGUCUAGGGUCACUCAUACGUUUGUAGAUGUGAGAAUGCCUACAAAAUUGGAGGUGAAGUUUACUAAAAGCCCUUCCUACUUCAAAACAAUCAAUGCUAAGGCACAUGCCAUUGUGGGUAUGGCUUAUGGUGUGUCUAUGUCGACUGGAAGUUGGGUAGGAAAACAUAAUUUAAUUUUGAUGCCGCUUGGUGAAUUUGAAAUCAUACUUGGGAUUGAUUUUCUAAGAAAAUUCCAGUUUGUUCCGUUUCCUCACUUAGAUGGAGUGAUAGUCAUGAAUGGAAACAAUGUUGGAUUUAUCAAAGGAGUUCAUCCAUUUGGGAACAUUAAUAAAGUUGCAAAGAAGAAAGACAAGGGAAUGAUCUUGUCUGCUAUGUCAAUCGACAAAGGGCUGAAGAAAGGUGAUGACACUAUACUUGUUGCCUUGGUCGAAGUGAAAUGUGAUGUUACGAUGGAAGUGCCUGAUUGUGUUGCUGAAUUGCUUAAACAGUAUGCUGAUGUUAAGCCGCCUGAAUUACCAAAGAAAUUACCACCAAGGAGGGCUAUUGAUCAUAAAAUUGAGUUGUUGGCUUGUACGGUUGCUCCUGCACAGGCUCCUUAUCGUAUGGCUCCUAAGGAAUUGGUUAAAUUACACAAACAAUUGAACGAGUUAUUGGAUGCUAGAUUGAUUCAGCCAUCUAAGGCUCCAUAUGGUGUUCCUAUUUUAUUUCAAAAUAAACAAGAUGGGACGAUGCAAAUGUGUUUAGAUUACAGGGCGCUGAACAAGGCAACUAUAAAGAACAAGUAUCCGGUUCCAUUGGUGCAUGAUUUGACGGACACGUUGAGUAAGGCAUGCUGGUUCACAAAACUUGAUCUCAGAGAGGGUUAUUGGCAGGUUAGGAUAGUAGAGGGUGAUGAACCAAAAACAACAUCUGUAACUAGAUAUGGUUCAUAUGAAUUCCUUGUAAUGCCAUUUAGGCUGACUAAUGCUCCGGCAACGUUUUGCAACUUAAUGAAUAAUGUAUUGUUUGACUAUGUUGAUGACAUUGUUGUUGUCUAUAUAGAUGAUAUUUUCAUUUAUAGUCGAACAUUAGAGGAACAUAUUAAUCACUUAAGUUUGGUUUUGUCUCAGUUGAGAAAAUACACACUUUAUGUUAAGAUUGAAAAGUGUGAAUUUGAUCAAGAAGAGAUAAAAUUCUUUGGGCAUCUUGUUACUAAAAACCAAGUUCGAAUGGACCCUAAGAAAGUCCAGGACAUUGUUGAUUGGCAGGCACCUCGUCAUGUGAAGGGUUUGAGGUCGUUUCAUGUCUUGGCUAACUAUUACAGAAAAUUCAUUGCUGCUUACUCAAAAAGGGUAGCGGCUUUGACAGAUUUGUUGAAGAAGGAUAUAAAGUGGAAUGCUAUUGCAUCUGAACCUAUACUCAAAUUUCCUGAUUUUGUGUUACCAUUUGAAGUGCACACUGAUGCGUCACACAAGGAAAUUGGUGGCAUAUUAGUGCAGGAAGGUCAUCCAGUGGCCUUUAAAAGUAGAAAAUUGAAUAAUGAUGAACAGCUAUACUCAACACAUGAAAAAGAAAUGGUUGCGGUGAUACACUGUUUGCAGAAUCAGGUUGUGUUUGCAAAUGAUUCAUUAUAUGUUAAAUGGAUGGGUCAAGUGCAAGAUGGCACAAUGAGACGGUAUUGGAUCAAGGACGAUCUGCUCUAUCUUAAAGGGGAGAGAAUCGUUGUACCAAAUCAGGCGGUUGCUGCUGAUUUGUUCUACAACUUUGUGGUUAAGUAUUUUGGUAUUCCGGCUUACAUUGUGAGUGAUAGAGAUACAAGGUUCACUGGAAGACAGCCUAUCACACCACUAGAUGUUGCCAAAUCUAAAAAUCAGGGAAAGUGUCUAGCAGCAUACAGGGUUGCAAGGGAUAGACUUGAAAUGUUAUCUGAGGCACAGGAUAGCUUGCGCAAGGCUCAGCGGCGCAUGAAGAAGUAUGCUGAUCAACAUCGUCGCUCAGUUGAGUUCAAUGUGGGUGACAAGAUGAUCCGGACAGAAACAGGUCAAACAGGGCUCCUCCAUCAGUACCUACAUAGUAUGAUGCUGAAAUUGAGAAGAUCCUUGAUCACCGGGUUUUGGUCACAACGAAUUGGUGGCCGCUCAGUUAGUGAUGAUGCAAUGGAGGCUUUCGCAGAAUGUUAUCCACUGAGGGAUAGUGCUGCCUAUCAGUACAAGACUAGUCCGGCAUUUUCUGAGACUGUGGACGAUGAUGAUCUCACAUCUGAUGACGAAAUGAAUGAGGAGGAGAAAAAUGACGCUUUGGAUGAGGCGAAUGCCUUAAUGAUGUUCGACCAUGGCGACGACGAGCAUUAG